AUCGCGCGGAUUUACUGACUGUAUUUCUGACGAGGAUCCAACACACGUGCAACACACUAGUAUUUAUAGGUCAUGAAGGUAAAGAGACAGAAGAAUGUUCGUCACGUCCUCAGUUUUUACAAGAACAACUUCAGUUACUACGAGCCAUACCAGGUCCUGAUAGAUGGAACCUUCUGCAAGGCAGCUCUGCAGUUCAAGGUUGACAUAAAAGAACAGCUUCCCAAGUACCUAGAGGGUAAUGUCCAGCUGCUGACCACCUCCUGUGUCCAGGCUGAGCUGGAGGCCUUCGGACCGCUGAUGUACGGAGCUUUCCUUGUUGCAAAGCGGUUCAAACCCAGAAAGUGUGGCCACAAGGGAGCACCACUGCCUGCAGCUGACUGUCUGCUGGGUCUUAUAAAGCCACACAAUGAACAUCACUACUUUGUUGCAACCCAGGACCCAUUGCUGACACAGAAACUUAAGAACAUCCCUGCUGUACCAUUGCUAUACCUUAACAAAGCAACACCAGUACUGGACAGACCAUCGGCUAGAUCAGUGGCUAAAGCUGAAGGGUUACAGGAUACCAAGAUUGGUUUAUCAGAGCAUGAAGCAUCAGUGUUGAAAGCCAUGAAAGAUGAGCCAACAGUGCAACAGAAGAAGAAGAGAAAAAGACCAAAAGCCCCCAACCCUCUGUCUUGCAAACCCAAGAAACAGAAAACAUCAGACACUGGCAGUCAGAAGAAUGAACCAGCUGUAGGGCAAAAGAAGAGGAAAAGAAGAAGAAAGGGAACAAAACAAUCUUCAAGUGUUACACAAUAGCUGUAUAAUCUUAUUUUACCUUUUGUAAGUUACGUUGAUGAAGGUUAGAUACCAGCUGAAACGUCUGACCAUUUCCCAAUCAGCAUACCUUUUGUAAGUUGUUUCAAAUGUCAGUACCUUUUUGGAGAUCUGGAUGUCUAGAGGAUGUUGGUUGAUGCUUUCUUCAAGAGAAUAUUUUAUUCAAGCGGAACAAUGAUAGUAACGAAAUGAUAGUAAUGUUAAUAUCUAUUGAUUGAUUAAUCGAUUUAAAUAGAAUAAGAAAUUAGAAUAAAGUUGGAUGCAUGCCACUGGUUUCUUGUAAAGUUUGGUUUCAUACUCUGAUCACUUUCAAUAAAUUGUGCAGAUAAAUAUAGCCUUGGCUGUAUGACAAUGCCAAAACUAACAACAAGAAA